UGGGAUUACUCCCCAAGCGCGCACAACCUCGCCGAAUUCGCAAAACGAACCAACACUCCCGGCGGCGGCGGCGGCAAGAAGAAUCCGGCGACGAUGAGCCGCGGCACGGGCGCGGGGUACGACCGCCACAUCACCAUCUUCUCCCCCGAGGGCCGCCUCUACCAAGUCGAGUACGCGUUCAAGGCGGUCAAGUCGGCGGGGGUGACGUCGAUCGGCGUCCGCGGCAAGGACUCCGUCUGCGUCGUCACGCAGAAGAAAGUGCCGGAUAAGCUGCUGGACCAGACUAGCGUCACGCACUUGUUCCCGAUCACCAAGUACGUCGGUCUGCUCGCCACUGGCCUCACAGCGGAUGCACGGUCCUUAGUCUACCAAGCGAGGAAUGAAGCAGCUGAAUUUCGUUUCAAAUGGGGCUAUGAGAUGCCUGUAGAUGUAUUAGCAAAAUGGAUAGCAGACAAGGCACAAGUAUACACGCAGCAUGCCUACAUGAGGCCCCUUGGAGUAGUUGCUAUGGUCUUGGGCUAUGACGAAGAGAAAAAUGCGCAACUUUUUAAGUGUGACCCAGCAGGUCACUUCUUUGGACACAAGGCAACUAGCGCCGGGCUGAAGGAGCAGGAAGCAAUAAAUUUUCUGGAGAAGAAAAUGAAGGAUGAUCCACAGUUCUCCUACGAUGAAACUGUCCAGAUUGCAAUUUCUGCAUUGCAAUCCGUUCUUCAGGAAGAUUUCAAGGCCACCGAGAUUGAGGUUGGUGUUGUGAGGAAAGAAGAUCGUGUUUUCAGAGCACUCACGACAGAGGAGAUCGAUCAGCACCUAACAGCCAUCAGUGAGCGCGACUGAGCUACAAUGAAGUUGGACAUGUCACUGCUUCACGCUGCGUUGUAGUCCUUCGGCAGUGUCAUUUUAUUUAUGGUCACCAAAGAAACAUCAGUGAAUCAUUUCAUGUAUAACACUAAAAAACAAGCAUCAGCUCGCCAUGUACUGUUGAACCAUCUUCUUUCCUUGUGGUUGAAUUUAAUUUUCAACAAAUUACUUGUA